GUUCUGACGUCACUCUGAAGUUAUGAGGAUGUGACGGCGUCCUCAGAUCAAACACACACACACCGGGACUGAGGAGGGACGAUCGAGCAACUGCUCACAUGAAGGUGUCUGUGAGCUGACCUGAACUCACUUCAACAGGUGGGGGCUCUGCUAUGAAUCAGUCUGAGGACAGAGACGAGGGAGCCCCUCCCUCUAAAUCCACUCUGUGUGGGGAACAUGAAGACCAGACCAGACCAGAGCAGCAGAACAGACCUGGACCUGGACCUAGAUCUAGAUCGAGCUCGUCUGUAAAGAACCUAGUUUUGAAGUUUGAAUCUCAUGAUUUCAAAGAUGGACAACAGCAUGCCAAUAAAAUCCCAGAGCAGCCACUAAGACCUGGACCUGAACUUGAUCCUGAACCUGAACCUGAUCCUGAACCUGAUCCUGAUCCUGAAACUGAACCUGAUCCUGAACCUGAUCCUGAUCCUGAACCUAAACCUGAACCUGAACCUGAUCCUGGUGGAACUAUAGACUUCAAAGAUCGACAGCGCUUUUCUGAUGAGGUACGAGGGCCUAGACCUGUAUCUAGACCUAGACCUGGACCUGGACCUGCUCCCAGCUUGGGAUCCCUGAAAAGUGAAAAGUCUAUUGAACGAUUUGAUGACUUCAAAGAUGGACACGAGUUUGAAAAUCCAAAACAAGAGAAGCAGGAAAGACCUAGACUUAGACUUGUACCUAGACCUAGAUCUAGACCUGGACCUGGACCUGCUCCCAGCUUGGGGUCCCUGAAAAGUCAGAAGUCUAUUGAGCGAUUUGAUGACUUCAAAGAUGGACACGAGUUUGAAAAUCCAAAACAAGAGAAGCAGGAAAGACCUAGACCUAGACUUGUACCUAGACCUAUACCUAGACCUAGACCUGGACCUGGACCUGCUCCCAGCUUGGGGUCCCUGAAAAGUCAGAAGUCUAUUGAGCGAUUUGAUGACUUCAAAGAUGGACACGAGUUUGAAAAUCCAAAACAAGAGAAGCAGGAAAGACCUAGACCUAGACUUGUACCUAGACCUAUACCUAGACCUAGACCUGGACCUGGACCUGCUCCCAGCUUGGGGUCCCUGAAAAGUCAGAAGUCUAUUGAGCGAUUUGAUGACUUCAAAGAUGGACACGAGUUUGAAAAUCCAAAACAAGAGAAGCAGGAAAGACCUAGACCUAGACCUGUACCUAGACCUAGACCCGGACCUGGACCUGCUCCCAGCUUGGGGUCCCUGAAAAGUCAAAACUCUAUUGAGCGAUUUGAUGACUUCAAAGAUGGACACGAGUUUGAAAAUCCAAAGGUGGACCAUGGUGGAGAGCAGAGGUUAAAACCUGGUGUGAAGAAGUGUAAGUGUGGAAUCAGUUUGACUCAUGAUGACCAAACAGCUGACUGUCAGAUUGCUGUGAACUCACACCGGAUCCAAACACAGCACACAAGGAGCUCAAAUUGUCUGACAACAACAGGAAGGUGACACGUGUGACAGAGGAUCAGUCUUACCCUGAUCAUCCAGACAGAUUUGAAUAUGGGCCUCAGCUGCUGUGUAGAAAUGGUCUGACUGGUCGCUGUUACUGGGAGGUUGAGUGGAGAGGAGAUGUUGACAUAUCAGUG